CGAUUUCGCUGACAGGUGCCUGUAGCUCAUACAUAUGAGAUACCCUGAUGGAAUAAAUUUAGGAAGAAAAUAGUGAGACAGACUCUGGAUCUAAAUCCAUGGCUGGUUUUGCGGCGACACGUAAAGAGGCGAGAAACACAAUAGCAUCCUUAUUGGGGAGCCGUUUGAAUCUUUCACCUCCGAUCAGAAAUGGAAUGAAUAGCCACCAUUUUUCUAAGCUGGUUCAAUCUAAUAAUGGCAACCGUGUCUUUCUUGUUGACACUUUAGCCCUUGUUAGGAGAUUAGAAGCAGAGGGUGUGCCAUCAAAGCAAGCAGAGUCAAUUACUUCUUGUAUUACUCAAGUCUUAAAUGAUACUUUAGAAAAUGUGGCUCAUUCUUUUCUCUCUAAAGCUGAAAUGGAAAAAAUUGUCAUGACUCAAGAUGCUCAUUUAUCCAAGUUUAAAUCACAAGUAACUAGUUCCCAGGGGCACCAUUUUUCUAUGUUACAGCAUGAGACCGAGAAACUCAAGAGUGAUAUAGAAAAAAUGCGCAGUGAACUGAAGUAUGAGAUAGACAAAGUCACUGCUGGGCAGCGUUUGGACUUAAAUCUUGAGCGAGGGAGAAUCCGCGAUGAGCUAGCAAAUCAGGUCCAGGAAACUUCGAACCUCACUAACACUCUUGACCGUGAAAUACAUGCAUUGAGGGCUCAGGUAGAAGCAGCAAAGUUUGAUAUUAUAAAGUACUGUAUAGGUACCCUUGUAUCUAUUUCUGCUGUUGGUCUCGCAGUGCUGCGUAUCUUGUUGUGAGUUUGUUAUACUUCAACUUAGUGAUCACCUAACCUAUAGGAAAGAAGUGAGACAUUGUAUUUGUUUAGUUUAGGUAAUAGGAUACAGCAAGGGAUUGGAAUAUUUUUACUAUCCGCAGAAUAAGGAUACAUUUAGCUAUCUAUGCUGAUAUCUUCACUGUUCCUUUAUGAUGAACUGUGAUUUCCUUUAGAUGUAAUCUAUUCGUUCACUGUAAUUUGCACUCUUGAUUUAUGCUUAAUGUUUUCAGAAGUUGUUUGGA